AUGGAGCUACGCUGCGGCGGCAUAGGGAGCCAGGCUGUGGGGCGGAGGAUGGAUGGGGACACCCGAGAUGGCGGCGGCGGCGGCGGCGGCAGCAGCAGCGGCAGCAGCAGCAGCAAGGACGCCGGGUCGGAGGACUAUGAGAACCUGCCGACCAACGCCUCCUUAUCCACCCACAUGACAGCAGGAGCGAUGGCCGGGAUCCUGGAGCAUUCGGUUAUGUAUCCAGUAGACUCAGUGAAGACGCGAAUGCAGAGUCUGCAGCCAGAUCCCAAAGCCCAGUACACAAGUGUAUAUGGAGCCCUCAAGAAAAUUGUUCGGACUGAAGGCUUCUGGAGGCCAUUGCGAGGCAUCAACGUGAUGGUGAUGGGCGCCGGGCCUGCCCACGCCAUGUAUUUUGCCUGCUAUGAGAACAUGAAAAGGACUUUAAAUGAUGUUUUCCACCACCAAGGAAACAGCCACCUAGCCAAUGGGAUAGCUGGGAGUAUGGCCACCCUGCUCCACGAUGCGGUAAUGAAUCCAGCAGAAGUUGUGAAGCAACGCAUGCAGAUGUACAACUCGCCAUACCAGUCGGCCCUCAGCUGCAUCCGGACAGUAUGGAGGACUGAGGGCUUGGGGGCCUUCUACCGGAGUUACACCACACAGCUGACCAUGAACAUUCCCUUCCAGUCCAUCCACUUCAUCACCUACGAAUUCCUUCAGGAGCAGGUCAACCCUCACCGAGAGUACAACCCGCAGUCCCACAUUAUCUCGGGCGGGCUGGCUGGGGCCAUUGCUGCAGCUGCCACCACUCCCCUGGAUGUCUGUAAGACCCUCCUUAACACUCAGGAACACAUGGCUCUCUCCCUGGCCAACGUCAGCGGUCGCCUGUCGGGCAUGGCCAAUGCUUUCCGGACAGUGUACCAACUCAACGGCUUGCCUGGCUACUUCAAAGGCGUACAGGCACGUGUCAUCUACCAGAUGCCAUCCACAGCCAUCUCUUGGUCCAUCUAUGAAUUUUUCAAGUACUUCCUCACAAAGCACAAGCUGGAAAAUCGAACUCCAUACUAA